AUGAGCCACUCCUCGGCGAAUCCCUUCAGCGACGACGACGACGACACCGCCGACCAAACAAAAACCCGCUCCACCCGGGCAAGGCUAUCUUCUCCAGGCGCCGCCGCGGCGGCUCCACCAUAUGUCGUCCCUCGCAUCAUCCGCACGGCGGCGGCCUCCUCGCGCUACAGGCGGUCGUCCACCUGGGGCUACAGCCCCAAGGUGUCCGUGGACAUGGCCGUCGCGCACAGCUGGGCGCCCUACGCCACCGUCGUCCGCGCGCUCCGCUCCCUCUCCCUCCUGUCCCUCAAGGACGACGACCGCGAGGCGGCGAGGGCGGCCGUGGCCGAGCUGUGCGGCCACGCCGCGCCCUUCAGCGGCGUCCGCCGGUUCCCCGCGGGCGAGGUGUUCGUGUGCCUCGACCGCCCGCCGUUCGCGCGCAAGAUGCAGGGGAUCCAGCAGCCGUUGAUCAAGGCAGAGGCUGCCGGCAGCUAUGGCGAGGAGUUCGUCAGCGCAUGCUCAUGCUACAUGAGCGGGAUCGGCAACGCCCUCGACGAGCUCACGCGCGUCAGGCGUGACGACGACCGCGCCGCCCCCGUCCUGUAUGACCGCGCCGUCUUCGAGUCGGCCUUCCUUCUCAGGUGGACCGAGCCGUGA